CCAUUGCCAGGCAACCUUCCAGACAGUCGGAACCAUCGCCACUUGGCAAGCAGCAACAUCACGCGGCGUAAACACAGCAGCAACCGCAUAUACUGUACAAUACUCUAUUGGACCGACGCUGCGACAGAUAUACCCAUUCCAGUAGUUACCGCCAGUAUUCAAUUUUCACAACUCCAAUCGGAAAAAGAUUCCGCUCGUAGGCCUCACUGACGUCGCCCACGAAAGUCAUGUCAACGCACAUCGCAUCGGUGGCCGCCCCGCAAGCCCUCAAUGAGAAGGCCGCGGAAGUAACGUUGUCUGUCGAGGAAGUUCACUUGCUCAAAAAGGAACUCCUCGCCCGCCGCCUCCGCAUCGAAAUCUCCGACAUCCUCUCCGACCCACUCACCAUCGCCGUCCUUCUCGACUCCCCCGACACCGACACACGCUUCCCCCUCCUCGCCCCGCUCUUCCGCACCCUCCUCUUAACAUUCCCUCCUCUCGCAGCCGCAGACGGCGGCGCUGAAGGCGCGUGGCGUACGAUUGGCACAUUCCUGGGUAUCAUACUUUCCCGUGUCGACUCCGGCGGCACAAAAGCGCAUAUGGCGAAACGGGAUAUGAUUGCGAAUACGUUGUUGGAUACAUUGGCGGCGAUGUUGGGUAAAGCGGUUAGGACCGAUGUGGAGGAGGCCGAAAAGCUAGACGUUCCCGUCGAAGAGGGUUCAGCUCCCAAAACCAAAAGCCGCACGUCUCUCACAACCGACACCCAAGAACCCUCCGCAAGCGACCCGCACUUCACGUCCAUCCACGCCACCACCCUCACCCCCACAACCACAAAACACCUCUUCCGCACCUCCGAAUCCUUUACCCUCACCCUCACCUCCACCCUCAACAAGACCCGCACCCGCACCGCCCACCGCGACUACGCCUCAUUCAAACACCUCCACAAGGAACUCAUCCGUCGCCCCAACAUCUCGGUACCCGCCCUACCCACACCUCCUACCCCACCUUACUCACGAGUCACCCCGGAAACAUGGGACCAGUUGAAACAAAAAUACACGGAAUACUUGAAUGCGGCUGCAAAAGUACCCACAUCCAUCCUCCGUGACUUCCUCAACCAAUCCGACCCCCUCCCCCUCCCUCCCACAACCCACACCCAAACAGAACAACGUGCCAACGAGAUCCUCUCCGCCCUCUCCCACCUCCAAACCCUCCUCCUCGCCCCCCGUGGUCUCCCCACCCUCCUCACCACAAUCUCCACAGCGCAAGAAACAACCGACCUACCCCCUCACAUCCGCACCACCAUAACCUGGUGGAAACUCUGCGCCUCGGCAUCAAUCUACCGCACCUUCGUCGCGCACGAUCGCGCGGAUGAGCAUUUUAGACGACUGAGGCAUUUUCAUAAAGGCGCGCCGUAUAGGAGUUGGGCGGCGGUGUUGAGGGGGACGAAUGCGGUUGCUGUUGUCAAAGCCGUCGGGAAUGUGGUGCUGGUGAGGCCGUUCGGAGGGUGGUGUAUACUUCAGAGCGUGAUAAUAUCAAACAUAGACGACGAACUGGCCAUCGCUCAGAAGGAACUCACAUACGUCAAAUCAUUCCUCGACCCUGAUACCAUCGCGCGGGGAACGCAUGUCGUCGAUAACGCUCCCCAGGGUGGUUACUCCGAAGACCAAACACCGCAAGUCCUAGGUCCCCACGCCUCCCUCCCGCCGACGCACCCGCACCGACUAGCAGUUGAAAAACUGUUGGAGUUGUUGUGGAGCAUGAGACGAUACUACCAGCUCCGAGCAGUGGUAGCAGAUGAAGCGACGGUGGAGUUUGCGCGCUGUGUCCUAAACAUACUGUAUGGGCCGCUGAGUGGGGUUUACAAGGCAUCGGACCCGGCGAGCAUUGUACGAGACGCAGCGAAGUUCAUAGACGACUUAAUAUUGACGUUGGAUGAGAUGCGGUCACAACAACCCGCUCCUCCGGCACAACCUGUAUUUUCCACCCCCACAUCGUCAACGGCUCCUCCCCCACCAUCGGCCACGGAGGAAGGGUCUUCAAGUCCGACCACGAACGACGCACCGCACCCGCAAACACUCCCCCUCCAAACCCUCCUCGCGCGUCACGAACACCGGCUGUUCACACAUGUCCGGAAUAUCGCGCAGGGGAUGCAUCUGGCGCCUGUUACCAUCGACGUUGCAAAGUCACAAAGUGCGACUCCGCGCACCAAAGGACCCAAAAGGGACGUGACGUUUUCCGACUGGUUCGAAGUCCUUGCUGGGUUUUUCACGGGACGGGUUGGCGGGGUUGUGAAGUUCGCCGACAUCUUCACUUCAGCCUCCACCACUCCCUCCUCUGAGAAAGUGGAUAUGAAAGCGCUAAAAGAGGAUUUGGAGAAAUUGAAGCAACGUAAACGACGGAGGGAGGAGAAGAGGUCGCGGAAGGUUCGUGAGCGGGUCCGUGGGGAUGUUUCCUCAACGACGAAGACGACAAAGACCGAUAAGAGUGCUUUGGCGGAUGUUUUCGGCGAUGAUGAUGAUGAGGAGGAGGAGGAGGAUGAGGGGGAGGAGGUGGCAUCAUUCGGUGUGCGGGAUGUGUGGCGGACUGAAGCGGGGGUGGAUCCCACUGGUUUAGUAGGAGACGAACCGAGACGGGUGGAGCCGGUGGGACAGGCGGGGAUGUUGCAGAUCCCUGGAGAAGGUACGACCGACGGCCCGAAACGCGUCCGCAGCAUCGCGAGUUUCGAGUCCCUUGGCGGGAGCGAGACCUCCCUUUCCGAUGAUCCCCAACCGACCAAACCGAACGAGGUCGAUAUCACACCCAGCCAAGUGAUCGGUGCGGGUCCUGUCCCGCAGAUCGGUGUGGAUGAUACCGACCCGGAUGUCGCGGGUGUCGAAGAAAAGAUUCGCGGAUUAUUUUGGGAUGUCCAGUCCCCAUCUUCCGGUCCUUUAUCACCACCACCACAACAACAAGCGAUGGGAAUCACACCCCAAGGGUUGGAACACGGGGCAGAGGGACGAAAACGCACGACCGUCUGGAAAGACCCCGUCGCGACACGCGCCAUCCCGUGGUUGUUGGAUGGGUGGAUGAGGGUGUUGAGGCCUUGGUUGGGGAGUGUGGAGGGGGUCUGGGCUUAGGAUAGAGGAGAGCGGUUGUGUUGACGGGGUUGGAAUGUUUCGUUAGCAUAGUGUCCUUGUUGUAGUUGGUGUAUCCCAUUUGGCCCCGCUGUUUCCAUUUUGUAUGUUUCUAGACUGGAUCGUUACCGCUUUCCGUCGUGCUCUUUACAUUCUUUGGUUUGACGGCGUGUUUUUUUUUCUUCAUGGGCUUUCCAUCCAGAAUGCUUCCUUAUUUUCUGUCCCUUGAGCGCCGCUUCGAACUUUGACCUUCGGAAAGCGCUUU